UUGACAAAUGACAAUUGUAUUUAUAAUUCGAAAACUGCCGUUUUUUUACUCGAUUUUAUUUUAUUAUUUAGUAUAGCCAUUAUUAUAAACAAAACAAUCAUCACAUUUUAUUGAAUACAUAAAAAUGUCUACACCAAAACCAGAGAAAGAGUUACAUUUACCUUUAUCUCGGGUGAAAACUAUAAUGAAAAGUUCUCCGGACGUGGAUGCUGUUGGUCCAGAACCUUUAUAUUUAGUCACUAAAGUUACGGAGUUAUUUGUCACAGACUUAGCCAAACGAGCCUACAAGAGCAAUAAAACAAAUUUACUCGAAUACAAACACAUUGCUGAAGUAGUACAAGAGGACGACACUUUAGAUUUCCUCAGAGAAAUCAUGCCAAGAAAGAUCACCGUCAGACAGUUCAAAGAGUUGAUGGCAAAGAAAGCAGCAAAGGGAAAUGAGUCUGACGAAACCAGUGAGGAGUCGAGUGAGGAAGACAGCAGUGACGAGAGCUCGAGUAGCUCAAAUCCUGACUCACAACAUAGCUAGGACUAGUUACACUGAAGUAAUUUUUAAAUUUUCUUAAUAUUUUUAAUGGUUUUCACCCAGCACUUCUACACAUUUACAUAUUACUUGUGUGUAUUGUUAACUUCAUUGUCACUCCAGUGAUUAGUCUAUGUGGCUGAGUACAAGGUUCUGAGUUCUAACCCUGAGUUGAGCUUUGAAAUACUGAGUCCUUCUUUCUCAUAUCAAAUUUCCAUUGUACUGAAGCAUUGUGGAUGGUCUAAGCUCAAUAUCAACUCUCCUGUAAGGAAAGAGGAGUAGCCCUGUAGUAGGCUGUUAAAAAUAUGCUUACAAUCAUAGAUUUUAUACUAUUAUAUAUGACAUUAGCACAUAGAAACUAAGGCAAACAAAAGUGGCUAAUUGUCUUAAUAGGGUAGUUGACUCAUAUCAAAUUUAAUAUAAAUAAUAUUUUAACUUUGCAUAGUACCUGGAAUAAGGGUCUGAAAUAUAUCAACAUUAAUUAAUAAAAGUGAACUUAUAAAUUAUGACACUCAAUUUUAUAAGAUACAUUCAGGUAAAUAAGGUCAAUGUUAACUAACUUAUACAUAAAAAGCAAAGAUUGUCUAGAUAUUUGCAAAAUAAAUGAAAUUAUAAAAUUUCAAAAUCUAUUAAAACUCUUUUAUCGUAAUUAGGUGAAAUUACUUUUUUUAAUAUUUGAACUGUUAACAUAAACACACAAAUAACAAAGCUAUUAGUAAUUUUAUUUGAACGCAUGUACAAAUCUAACGAUCAUUUUACCUACGACGUCAUUAGUUCGUGCCAUUUUGUAUGGGGCGUUUUACAGGGAUCCGCGGCAGUGCAAAAAUCUGAACCUUUAAAUCUCUGUAGCUCCGAAAGUAAUGAUACCCUGUUACUUUUACAAAAUUGCUUUACUAUUAGCAUACUCCUAAUUUAUAUGCAAUUUAAAAAACCAUCAUCAUCCCUAUUGGUAUAAAACUUGUGUCAACUCUUUGUAGUUACAAAGUUGCUGGUAAAAAAGUAGGUGAGGUGCUGAAUUUCCAAUAUAAGAAACAUUUUUUAAAGUGUGCACAUUCCAACUUUUUUCUUCAAAAUGCAUUAUUAUAUAUGCCUAUUUGCCUAAAUUUAUUAUUAAAUAGUUUAGAAUCGUUGGCUAUACCUACAAAAAUAAAAACAUAUUUAUAACAGUUGCAUGUAGUUUUCAGUUUUUAUUUGCUAUGACGAAUGUACCUAAUUAAUUAAUUAUGAUUAACAUAGGUUUGUUUUCAGUAGUUUUUAAUUUUAGUAUUACGCAUUGUUGAGAUGUUUGAUUCCGCACAUUUUGUGAUUAUAAUAAAUUAAAUACAAGUUAAACUAUUAUGAAAUUGACGAAUAAAAUAAAAAUUAAUGUGUUAUGUGUUUUCUUCUGAAAUAAAUUCCUUUAAUAUGUUAUAAAUCAAAAUAUAAAUUUUUUAACGCCACCUAGCUUAAUAUGUAUUAAAUUUAUAUUUUGAUUUAUUUAUAUGCCUAUUUGCCUAAAUUUAUUAUUAAAUAGUUUAGAAUCGUUGGCUAUACCUACAAAAAUAAAAACAUAUUUAUAACAGUUGCAUGUAGUUUUCAGUUUUUAUUUGCUAUGACGAAUGUACCUAAUUAAUUAAUUAUGAUUAACAUAGGUUUGUUUUCAGUAGUUUUUAAUUUUAGUAUUACGCAUUGUUGAGAUGUUUGAUUCCGCACAUUUUGUGAUUAUAAUAAAUUAAAUACAAGUUAAACUAUUAUGAAAUUGACGAAUAAAAUAAAAAUUAAUGUGUUA